AGUGGCGCCGGCGGCGGGGAUGGAGGCGUUGUGGGCAGCGCUGGACGAGGUGGCGCUGGAGGGGCUGGAGGGGGUGACGCCGGGCGCGCUGUGGGAGCGUCUUGCCGGCCGCGUCCCGCCCUUCCCGCCGCCGCUGCCCCUGGAGCCCGCCGCCCGCCAGCUCCUCUGGGCCACCCUGGCCGCCCAGCCCCAGCUCCGCUUCCACCUCCUCCCGCAGCCCCGGCCGCCGCUCCGCCUCUUCGACCGGUAUGAAGAAAUCGAUCUUGAAACGGGCAUCCUGGAGACCAAGAGAGACCCCAUUCCUUUCGAUGACCUUUACCCUGUGCACAUGGUGCUGGACAACAAGGAUGGCAUUCAGGGCUCCUGCCAGCAUUUCAAAGAGAGGCUGGAUGUGACUGAUCAGAUCAGGACAAAGGACAUGCAGCCCUGUUGCACUUACGAAGAGGCUUGUGACAAAUGGGGAGAGAAACUGGUUAUUGUUGCCUCCCAGGUCCUGCGGCACAGAGCGCUGAUAGGCUGGGAAGGGGAUCCAGAUUUGAAACUUCCUGACUUCUCCUACUGCAUUCUGGAGCGGCUGGGGCGCGCUCGAUGGCAAGGAGAGCUCCAAAGAGACCUCAGUGUAGCUUUCAAAGUGGACGCCGGGAAGCUUCACUACCACCGCCGGGUGCUUGACAGGAACGGGCUCAUUUCCAUGCAGUCCCACGUGAUCCGGCUGCCCUCGGGGGCCCAGCAGCACUCCAUCCUUCUCCUCCUGACCCGCUUUCACGUUGACAGGAGGAGCAAAUAUGAUAUCCUUAUGGAGAAGCUCUCUGGCAUGCUGAGUGGUCGGCCCGGCCAAAUGGAGACCCUGGGGAGCAUUCGGGAGGAACUGGGGCUCUGUGAGAAAACGUUCAAACGUCUCUACCAGUAUAUGCUGAAUGCCGGCCUGGGCAAGAUCGUGUCCGUCCCAUUACAGAACAUGCAGCCUGAAGGAGGCCCCUUCAAGACCAAGAGGGGGACUGACGUCAUGGUCCGUUGCCUGAAGCUCGUGAAGGAGUUUCGGAAGAAGGUGGAUGACUACCACGAUGACGAUGACGAAGAGGUGAUCACCAAGACGGUGCAGCCCAUCGACGUGGUUUACGAGAAGGACAUGCUGACGCAGGCGUACGAGCUAAUCGAAAGCUGGGGCACCAAAGGCAUUUCCCAAGCUGAGCUGCGAGCAGCAAUGAACGUGGGGAAGCUGGAGGCGCGGAUGCUGUGCCGCCUCUUGGAGCGGUACAAAGUGAUCAAGGGGUUCAUGGAAGAUGAAGGCCGGCAGCGGACGACCAAGUACAUCACCUGCACCUUUGCGGAAGAGAGCGACCUGAGCCGGCAGUUUGAGCGCGAGAAGGCCCGGAGCGAGCAGCUGGCCUUGGCCAGCACCUCUGCGGCUCAGGAGGACUCCCUGCCGGGGGAGGAGCUCUCCCUGGGGGAGGAGGAGACGCUGCUGCUCUCUGAGCUGGCCAAUGAAGAGGAGGAGGAGGAGAAGGACGGCGUGGGGCCAAGGAAGGCUGGCACGGGGGCACGGCUGAGGCUCCCUUUUCAGUCGACCCCAACCAAAGCCAGGAAACUGGCAGCUCCAGCAAGCCUGGGCAGGAUGCGGCCUCCGGCACAUUCCCCGGGAUACUCAGAAGAGCUCCCCGAUCAGGCGGCAGAGGGCGAUCCUGUGUCAGACGUGCCAAAGCAAGAGGCCGCGCUCUCCUGGUGCGCCCGCUCUUCGGAGGACUCUGAGGACGUGGUGGUGGUGGAGGAAGUCAGGCUCAAAACCCCCAAAAAGACCUGGGAUGCCCAGAGGAAAGAGAAGCGCCCUCGAGCCGCGGCAUUUGAGCGCUCGCAUGAGACCUACCGCCUCCUGAAACGGCGCAACCUCAUCAUUGAGGCUGUCCAAAACCUCCGCUUGAUCGAGAGCUUGUUUGUGCUGCAGAAGAUGGUCAUGGACCAGGAGAAGCAGGAGGGGGUCUCGACCCGGUGCUGCAAGAAGUCCAUCGUCCGCUUAGUGCAGCGGCUCUCCCAGGAAGGGCUCCUGCGCCUCUACCGCACGACUGUCAUCCAGGAUGGGGUCAGCAAAAAGGUGGAGUUUGUGGUGGACCCGUCCGUCAGCCCCAACGACCCACUUGUGAGAAGCGCCAUUGAGCAAGUCCGGUUCCGGAUUUCGAACUCGAGCAGCGUGAACAGGAUGAAAGUUCCCCAGACGCCGAGCUCCCAGGAGCGCCUGGAUGAGGGCAGCCAGGAAUCCGGGAUCGGGGCUGCCUUGCAGGAGAUGGAAGAGAGAAGGGCUGGGGAGAAGGUGCACCCUGCAACGCUCAACUAUCACCCCGUGACAGUGCCAGGCCUCGGACGCUCCCUGGGCUUCCUCCCCAAGAUGCCCCGCCUGAGGACAGCCCACCUCUUCUUCUGGUACCUGGUGUACGGGCACCCGCUGAGUCCGUCGCAGAGCUCAGCGGGCAGUGAGCUGGCGAGCAGUGACCCCGGCCUGGACUCCUCUUGUCACCCACAGCUGGUCACGCCCGGGGGGGAGGAGCCUGAUGCAGCCGGCGGGGGAAGCCGCCCUGCCCCCGCCCGGGAGGUGGAAGUGGAGCUCAGAGAGCAGGCGGCGUAUGUGGAUGAGGCCUCGUGGAAGCGUCACAUCCCUCCCCUCCCGGUCCACAGGGACUUUGGCCAUGGGUGGGCCCUCGUGAGCGACAUUCUCCUCAGCCUGCCGCUCUCCAUCUUUGUCCAGAUCGUCCAAGUCAGCUACAAGGUGGAGAAUCUGGAGGAUUAUUUAAAUGACCCCCUGAGAAGACACACAUUGAUCAGAUACCUCCCCAGAUCCAUCAGGCAAAAGCUCCUUUAUAAAAGGAGAUACAUCUUUUCCGUGGUGGAGAGCCUGCAGCGUCUGUGCUACAUGGGGCUGGUGCAGUUUGGUCCCACAGAGAAGUUCCAAGAAAAAGAUCAGGUGUUUGUGUACAUGAAGAAGAACGCAGUGAUUGUGGACACCACCGUCUGUGAGCCCCACUACAACUUGGCUCAGAGCAGCCGCCCUUUUGAUAGACGCUUCUAUGUUCUGAGCACCCUGCAGGACGUGGAGAACUUCUGGUUUGACCUGCAGUGCAUCUGCCUCAACACUCCCCUGGGGAUCGUCCGCCACCCCCGGCUCAAGAGAAGUGGAGCGUCAGCAGACGAUGCUGAUGGGGGCAGUGCUCUGGAGGUGACCCUGGAACAGGAGACCGCGGCCCACAGACACAACCUGGAGCGCAAGUGUGCCAUGCUGGAAUACACCACAGGGUGUCGAGAGGUUGUGGAUGACGGUUCUGUUCCUGGAGACGGGUUGGGAGCCGGUGGUCUAGACUCCAGCUUUUACGCCCACUUAAAACGCAACUGGAUUUGGACAAGCUACAUUAUCAAUAAGACCAGGAAGGAGAGUGCUGCUUCGGAAGCUGGCCACACCAUGAGACUCCAGACCUUCCUAACCAAACGGCCCCUCCCUCUUGGCACCAGAGGUGGCCACAGCAGUCUUUGGGGUGAAGCCCUUGCGGGAACAGAGCCCUCUGCCCAGAAAGAAGACGUGGUGGAGAUGGAGAAGGAAGCGACGCUGAGCAGGAGCAAGAGAGUGAGGGGGGGGAAGAGCCAGAAGAGGCGCCGCCUGAAGAAGGAGCUGGGGAAGAAGACCAAGAAGCGGAAGAGAAAGAGGGAGGGGACCCCGGGGGGGAAGAGCAAGAAGCCCCGCUACCACGAUGAGGCUGACCAGAGUGCCCUGCAGAGGAUGACCCGCCUGCGUGUCACCUGGACCGUGCCGGAGGACAGCCUGCUGAUGUUGUGCCGGAUUGCCAGCAACGUGCUGAAUGCCAAGGUCAAGGGGCCUUUCGUCCCCUGGCAGGUGGUGCGGGACAUCAUGCACGCCAGCUUCGAAGAGUCCUUGGACAAGACUUCUCAUUCCGUGGGGAGAAGAGCCCGCUACAUCGUCAAGAAUCCCCAGACCAACCUCAAUUACAAGGUCUGUCUAGCCGAAGUCUACCAAGACCGAGCCCUGAUCGAGGAGUUCAUGAACAGGAAGAACAACUAUCAGGACCCCAAGGUUUGUGCGGAAGAAUUUAAGGAGUUUGUGGAGAGGCUGAAGGUGAAGUUCAGUUCCACCCUGGGGAAUCCUCGGCCGGCCAUUCCGGACACACUGGAGGAGCUCUUCUGCAGGUUCCGAGUUCUGGCCAUCGGAGACGAGAGCAGCCGCAGCCAGAAAGAGGACAUCCUCAGCAGCGUGGCAGACAUCCACUUCCUGGUGCUGCAGAACCUGAUCCAGAGCACCCUGGCCCUUUCCGACCGCCAGAUGAAGUCCUGCCAGUCCUUCCAGACCUUUCGCCUCUACCGGGAGUACCGGGAUGACGUCCUUGUGAAGGCUUUUAUGGAUUGUCAGCGGAGAAGCCUGGUGAAUCGCCGGCGGGGCAACCACACCCUGGGCCCCCGGAAGAGCCGAGCCCUCCCCUUUGUGCCCAUGUCCUACCAGCUCUCCCAGAGCUACUACAGAGUGUUCACCUGGCGCUUUCCCAGCAUGCUGUGCAGCGAGGCCUACCAGUUCCUCCUGAUGCUCAGGGAAGGCGGCAUGCAGGACCAGGCAACCAGCUUCUCUUUCAAGGACCAAGAGGAUUCCUCCGCCUCGGAAAUGGUGCCCUUCCCCCUGGAUGGGCCGGGGGGCUACUGUGCAGCUGCCCUGGCCCUGGCCUCCCUUGGCCUGGUGGCCGUGGACGUGACCAUCCCCGAGCAGAUUGUGGUGGUGGACAGCACCAUGGUGGAGAACGAGGUCAUCAAGAGCUUGGGGAAGGAGGGCCUGGAGGAGGAGGAGGAGGAGGACGAGGAGGAGGACUUGGAGGAGAGCGCUGCCCACAAGCCCCGGAUCGAGGUGAAGGCCCGCCAGGCCUCGCACACCAACUACCUGCUCAUGAGAGGCUGCUACUCCCCGGGCAUCAUCAGCACCCGCAACCUCAGCCCCACCGACAACAUUGUGGUCAACUCCUGCCAAGUGAGGCUGAAGCUGAGAGAGACCCCCGCGUGGGACAGCUUCCUCGGCCAAGAUCCGUUGGACCUGAUGAAUCUGCCUGUCGGAGCCUCGUGCCUGCCCAAGUCCUUCACCAGGCUGUUCAGCAUCCAGGAGGACGAGGCGGCCGAGCAGCUCCUCCUCCGGUCCUUGGAGCAUCGCGGUUACAGUGCCGGGGAACUCGCCGCCACCCUUGAGCUGUACGACACCAUUCAGGCUGCCUCCCACUUUGGGGUGAAGAAGGGGGACCUGGCCGGGCAGUUCCAGCACUACGAAGAGGCUGGAGUCGACUGCGCCAAGCUCUUGCAGGACCUCCUGGACCUGGAGCAGGUGUUGGAAGUGGGCGGGCACACCAUGCGACUGGUGGCCAGGAAGUGUGCUGGCCCCUGGCUCCUGCAUUCCCUGCCUCUCAAGGAGGACGCUGGCAAGGAGGGGGAAGCAGCCCAGAGGGAGCCCGCGGAAGAGGGCAGAGAGCUGGAGGGCAAGCCCCCCACCACCCCUCCACUGCCAGCGGAAGAGCCAGCCGGGAAAAGGCAGAAGAUGGAGAAGGGGGGCGGGAAGGAGGCCUGUCUGUCUGGGGGAAGGCGACUGGGAGAGGCCGCUAGCAGCAGCUCCCCCACGGCAGGAGGAGCGGGCAAAGGCACCCUGCCAGAGCCAGGCUGCCCCCAAGAAUCUGGGGUGGUCCCAGAGGGAGAGGAGAGGACAUGUGUCUCUGUGUCGAGUGGCCACGAAGGAUCGGGCAGCAGAAGUCCUGCCGGGGAGCCGCGAGGAGAAGCUCCGCCCCAGCCGGAAAGCCCCGGCAGCCCCAGCGUGGGGAAUGUCACACAGGCAGGCGAGGAAAGCAGCACAGGUGGGAAUACCUACUUUGUUGGGCGGCCGUGGCGCAUUGUGGAUGGCAGCCUGAACCGGCCCGUGUGCAAGGGCAUCAUGGAAGGAGUGCUGUGUCACAUCAUGACCAAGCCCGGCAUCCCGGAAUCAGCUCUGCGCCAUCAUUACCUGGGCGUCCUGCAGCCUGCAGCUCUUCUGGAGAUCCUGCAGGGCUUGGAAGCCCUGGGCUGCAUCCAGAAGUUCUGCCUGAAGCAGCAAAAGGUGCCUUCCCUCUUCUCGCGGCCCGUGCUGGAGGAGGAAGUGGCUUGCUCCAAGCUGAGUGAGGCCCCCAUGGCCUUCUACGAGCCGACCGUGGCCUGCACCCUGCAGAUGGGCCGCGUGUUCCCCUACGAACGGAACUGGAGCAAGUGAGUGUAGCAGGCUGUCAAUAAAGUGACUUUAAAAUGCAA